GAUACUUACGAAGAAGGUAUGCAAAAAUUAAUUUUAGCAGAGGAUACAUCAAAUAUUGAAACAAAUAUAUCGUCAAACGAAUUAAAAGAAAAAGAAAAGAAGAGAAGGCGUUUAAAAGCCAAAAAAUAUUUAUCUUCCUCUUCUGAAGAAGAUUUAUAUCCAUAUAAAGAAAAUACACGAGAAAAAAUUCUGCCUGCUCUUCCACAGAAACAAAAUUUUGUAUCAUUUGACAAAGAAGUACAGGAUACAUCUAGACAAUUUACAAGAAAUAUAUUAUGUGAAAACACAUUGUUUAAUGCAGUAAACAGAAAUGAUAUUAGUGCUAACGAAAUUGCUGUACACAGUACACCUUUUAUAAAAAAUUCUGCUUUACAUACAGAAAAUGAAAAUCUGUAUACUCAUGAAUUUAAGAAAGUAAUGUUAGGAAAGUUAAACAGAAUAUUAUAUAAAUUGGAUACCAUUGAAAACAAAUUUGAAAUACUUCAAGAGAAAGUACAAUAUCGGAAUCAAUCUUGCAUUAUACAAAACAACAACAUACAAUUCCCGAUAUGUACCUUAACAGAAUUAACAUUGUUUGAAGAACAAUUACACGAUAUGAGAUUCAAGGAAGAUGUACUUAAUAUCUUUCAACUUGUUGGUGGAAAUAGUGCUCAUAGUAUGAUACGAAAUAUAUUCAAAAAGGCAAUAACGGAUAAUUUAGCUAUACAUUUCAGUUGGACUGGAAAGAGAAAUAAACAAUGUUUCAAAGAUUUAGGACUUCCAAAAGUGAUUAUACGUAAGUAUUUUUUAAUUUUAUUUUGUUAUUCUUAA